AUGACUUUGAGCGAGCAUGAUAUUGGUGCGCUCCGCGCUAAGCAUGAGAAUCCUACUGAGUGGCGAUUACGACGGGAAUUUAUUCAACGAAAUAAUGCUCUACUGGAUCCUGAGCGUUUAGUGUGCCUCUCUAAUUGUUUUAUUAAUGUCAAGCUGUAUGGAGCAAGCUAUCCUGAAAAAGUCAUGGACGAUGUACGUAUGAAUUAA